AUGUCAGGGCAGCAGAAUCCCUAUUCUCAAGGCCCUGCGCAAGAGGCCGGGCACAAUCUCGGCGGCUAUGGCCAGGUAAGUAAACCGCCCUUUGAAAGCCCGUACAACAAUUACGAGAUGCAGGACUACAACAGCCAAGCCCAAGGUCAGACCAGCAAUGGAUACGGCCAGGAGCAAUCGCGACAGCCUCUGUCGCAGGCAGACUUCCUCAGCCGCGUGGGAGAACUCCGCAACGACAUCAAGUCGCUGACCUCAGAGAUCGACUUCAUCGGCCAGCUGCAUCAGCGCACUCUCAGCACUACUGACCCAGAGGCCACCCAGCAGCUUGAGCACUAUGUGGCGCAAACGCAAGUUCGUAACACCGCCAUCAAGGACGGUAUCAAGGGUUUGGAACGCGAUCUGCUCAAGACAACAGAUGCGUCUCGCACCACCAAGAAGACCCAGCUGGAGUCGCUCAAGACAUUCUUCAAGUCCGAGCUCGACAAGUACCAGAGCAUUGAGCGCGACUACCAGCAGCGUUACCGAGAACAGAUUGCGAGACAGUAUCGUAUUGUGAACCCGGAUGCAUCGGAGGACGAGGUGCAGCAGGCCACAGAGGCUGAUUGGAACAACGAGGGUGUUUUCCAGACAGCUCUUCGCACCAACCGCUCCGGCCACGCUGCUUCUCUCCUUGGCAACGUGCGCGCUCGCCACAACGAGCUGCAGCGCAUUGAGCAGACCCUGUCCGAACUCGCCAUUCUCUUCCAGGAACUCGCCUCCAUGGUCGAGCAGCAGGAGAACGUCGUUGUCGCCGCCGAGGUCAACGCCGAGAGCACGGUCCAGAACAUCGAGAAGGGUAACGAGCAAGUCAGCCAAGGUAUCCAGCACGCCCGCCGCACUCGUCGUCUCAAGUGGUGGUGCGCUCUCAUCGUCUUCCUUAUCUGUCUCGCCAUUGCUCUGGGCGUGGGUCUGGGUGUUGCCUUGACGAACAAACACUGA